AUGGCACAGAACAAGAACCACUCCUACAAGCUCGGUUAUCAAGCUUUCCCACCCAUCAAAACCAAAGCUAUUACACUCCAUCACCCACCACAGACUGCUUCCUCAGACUAUGCUUUUCCCAUAUUUGUCAUUGUUGUGCUAAGCAUUUUGGCCACAGUUUUGUUGCUCCUCAGCUACUUCACUUUUUUGACAAAAUAUUGGCAUCAAGUUAAUCCAAUUAGAUGGAUUUCAAUCCUGCGAGCUAGACAGAAUGAGGAUCCCUUCAUAGCAUUUUCUCCUGCAAUGUGGAACCGGGGUCUUGAUGAGUCCGUCAUCAGAGAAAUCCCAACAUUUCAGUUCAUGAAAGGAGAACGUGAGGACCAAAGUGUGUAUGGUUGUGUGGUUUGUUUGACUGAGUUUAAGGAACAGGAUGUGCUAAAAGUUCUUCCCAGUUGCAACCAUGCCUUUCAUUUGGAUUGCAUUGAUAUUUGGCUUCAGACCAAUUCCAAUUGCCCUCUUUGUAGAUCAAGCAUUUCAGGCAACACACACUGUCCAAUUGACCACAUUAUAGCUCCAAGUUCUUCUCCUCAGGAUUCUCAGUUGCUCUCUAACAUGGGUAGUGAUGAAGAUUUUGUGGUCAUUGAACUGGGGGGAGAACCUGGGGGAGUGAUGCCACAGGUGCAACAAGAGAGAUAUGACUCAAGGGGAAGCAUAGGACAUGGUAGAAUUCACCCUACAAGGAAGGUGGAGCAGCAGAAGCUUGGUCUUGGACACUUGAAACCAAGGAAGUGCCACCGUGUUUCAAUCAUGGGAGAUGAGUGUAUUGAUAUCAGAAAGAAAGAUGAUCAGUUUUCUAUUCAGCCCAUUAGAAGAUCUUUCUCAAUGGAUUCUGCACAUGAUAGACAAGCUUACUUAGAUGUUCAAGCCAUUAUGCAACAAAACAGGCAUCAGAAUGAGGCUAGUGCUAGUGAGGAUUGUAAUAGCAGAGGUCGAAGAGCAUUCUUUCCAUUUUGUUAUGGAAAGGGAUCAAAAAAUGCAGUCCUUCCUUUGGAAAAUGAUGUUUAAUGUGAGAUGAUUUCCCUCUUUUCUUUUU